UCGCGGCGCGGGUCGUUGUGCGGCGGCCCCGCCCCCGGCGCGGCGAAGGACAAGGUGACGGCGCGGGGCCCGCGUUCAGCCUCUGCCGCAGCGGCUCCAUCUUGCGAGGUCGCCAUGUUCUCGUCCAUCGCGCCGCUCGCGCGGCACAACCCGUUCUACGCGCCGCACUUCCAGCUGGUGCAGGACGGCGUGAGGAAGCGCACAGCGGAGCCCGCGGAGGCGCCCGCCACGCGGCGGGGCCUGGCGGCCGCGUCCGCCGACGAAGAAUACAGUUGUGAAUAUGGCUCACUCAAGUUUUAUGCUCUCUGUGGCGUUGGUGGGGUCCUAAGUUGUGGCCUGACACACACUGGUGUCGUACCUCUGGAUUUAGUGAAAUGUCGUAUGCAGGUUGAUCCACAAAAAUACAAGAGCAUCUUCAAUGGAUUUUCAGUGACAAUCAAGGAAGAUGGUGUUCGUGGCUUGGCUAAGGGAUGGGCUCCAACCUUUAUUGGCUAUUCCAUGCAAGGGCUUUGUAAAUUUGGUUUCUAUGAAGUUUUCAAAAUCCUGUAUGGCAACAUGCUGGGAGAGGAAAAUGCCUAUUUGUGGCGUACUUCGCUAUAUUUAGCCGCAUCUGCCAGUGCGGAGUUUUUUGCUGACAUUGCUCUGGCUCCAAUGGAAGCUGCUAAAGUUCGUAUUCAGACACAGCCUGGAUAUGCGAACACUCUACGGCAGGCUUUACCCAAAAUGUUUGCAGAAGAAGGCAUCUGGGCUUUCUAUAAAGGUGUUGCUCCGCUGUGGAUGAGACAGAUUCCAUACACAAUGAUGAAAUUUGCCUGCUUUGAACGUACUGUUGAAGCUCUCUACAAGUACGUUGUUCCCAAGCCACGAAGCGAAUGUACAAAAGGAGAACAGCUGGUAGUCACAUUUAUUGCAGGCUAUAUUGCUGGUGUGUUCUGUGCAAUUGUUUCCCAUCCUGCUGACUCUGUGGUGUCUGUAUUGAACAAAGAAAAGGGCAGCUCAGCUUCACAGGUUCUUAUGAGGCUUGGAUUCAAAGGUGUAUGGAAGGGUCUGUUUGCUCGUAUCAUCAUGAUUGGUACCCUGACUGCACUACAGUGGUUCAUCUACGAUUCUGUCAAGGUUUAUUUCAGACUUCCUCGCCCACCUCCACCUGAAAUGCCAGAAUCUCUGAAGAAGAAGCUUGGUCUAACUGAAUAGACAACUCAUGGACUGCUGGCUGCCCCAGUGAUGAGUUUCAUGAAACUUUUAUAUAUUUGACUAUGUAGAAAACAAACUCUAUACAAUGUCAUUAUUGGCUGUGCCCUCAUCUCACAUGAGGGUUUAAAUUCUACCACUGUCAUUGCCUGAAAUAAAUGAGAAACAGAGUG